AUGGAUUUAAAUAAUGUUGUAAGAUCUUUAGAGCUAAGAAAGAAAGAAGAAAGAUUAACUUCAAAUAUUGAGAAUUUAAAAAUUCUAUUUGAAAAAGAUACUAAUACGGAAAAUAAUCAUGAAACCACUGAUGAUUUAAAAUCUCAAUUUAAAUCCCUCUUAAAAGUUUCUGGUUCAAAUGAUAAAAUUCUUAAUGGCGAUGACGAAAAUCCGAAUGUUAGAAUUAAAACCAAUAAUGCACUUGAUGUUGCUAACCGUGUAAUUGGUGUCCUUUACGACAUUCUUAAAAAGGAGAAGGAUAAAUUAAAGAUGUUAGCUGAUAGUCAAGAACAAGAUCUAUUUGAGUUUAUGCAUAGUGAGGAAUGUUCCGAUGCCACUCCUAAACAAGUCCAAAAAAUACAAGAUAGUUCAUCUACAACAUUUGAACCUUCUAAUGCCACUAAAAAUGUUAUUCCUUUUAAUAAGAUUGAAAACGACAGGAAUGAUGAAUGGGAAAUAGUUUAA